AUGGCUCGAACCAAGCAAACAGCUCGUAAGUCAACCGGUGGGAAAGCGCCCCGCAAGCAGCUGGUCACAAAAGCAGCCAGGAAAAGCGCCCCCUCUACCGGCGGGAUGAAGAAACCUCAUCGCUACCGGCCCGGGACUGUUGCGCUUCGAGAAAUCCGUCGUCACCAGAAAUCCACCCAGCUUCUGAUCCGGAAACUGCCUUUCCAGCGGUUGGUGAGGGAGAUCGCCCAGGAUUUCAAGACCGACUUGCGGUUCCAGGGUGCCGCCAUCGGUGCGCUGCAGGAGGCUAGCGAAGCCUACCUGGUGGGUUUGUUUGAAGAUACUAACCUGUGUGCCAUCCACGCUAAGAGAGUAACCGUCAUGCCCAGAGACAUCCAGUUGGCUCGCCGGAUACGGGGAGAGAGAGCUUAA